CACAUUUUAGUACAGUUCAGUGUGACGUACAGGUCAAAAGAGUUUUGUAAUAUUUUCGGAUUGCAAUUUCAUCGAACCAAGUCAAGUAACCGUGGAAAAUCCCAAUCUUGUGAAAUUCGUUCCAUCUGGAGGCGAAUCCGUAAAUAACAAUUUAGCAGGCAGCCGCUCUGAUUGUGAUGAAGAUUUUGGCUAAAAAUGCUUUGAAAAUGGAAAAUCUUGUUUCGUUCAUGUUUGUCGCUUGCGAGGAAACUCUACUGUUGGAGAAAAAAUAUUUUACUUCGGAAGGUGCAAGUACCGCCACAUCCUGACGGGAUUAGGUGAUUGAAGUGUGGAUUACUUCAUGUGCGUAAAUCGCUAGUCAUCGGACGCGCUAGCCAGCAACAAAAGGUCAUAUUUUGUUGGUAGAGGAAAAAUAGUAUGCUGAAAGGCAGCAGCGUUCACUGCAGUCAAAGAGCGACCACUAUCUGAGGAGGAGGGUGAAGAAGAAAAGAAAAAGAAAUUCAAGGUAUCACUGCUACGUAAUACCUUAUUUUCUAAAGUUUUGUGUGUUUAAACAAAUUUGCAUUAAUAAAGAGGUAAUUUCUUCGGUUAAACUGGAAGAAAGCAUCGUGUAAGCAAUGGAAUAUUCUAGUAAUGACGUGAAGCAGCUGUUCAGAUCUGUCUACACACUGGUCAAACAGCAAGAUGAGUGCAAGUCUACACUCUCCGUGUCGGCUAUGCAGGCCAAUGAUUUCCUCGAGGAGCACAGGCAGCUGGUGGGUCGCUGUGUUACGUUGCUUUUCGAGGACUAUGAGACAGUCGGCAAGAAAGCUCGUGAAAUUCUGUGGCGUAAGGGAUAUUACGAUCUUAUUUCUGUGUUCAAAAAACACCAUUAUCAACUGCAGCAGCAAAGAAAGCAUGCGGCUGCUGGCGAUGUGAAUCUGGAGAAAAAUGAGCAGUUGUUGAAGCAAGGUAUCGAACGACUACUGCUAGAUGGAAUGAACCAUUUGAAGGUGAUUGUCCUACGCUUGGCUCAAAUCUUCAACCUGGACAAUAUGCGAUAUUUGGUGAGCUAUGCUUUAUUGGAAAAUUACGACGAUGAACUCUUGGUGCGGGAGUCCAGUUGCUAUGAAAACCUAAACUUAAAGGAAGAGCGGAAUGACGACGAGAAGAAGGUGAUGUACACCAAGCAAGAGAUUGCUUUCGCAUUCGAAUCAAUUCAUUCACUGCUGACUGCUUUGGGAGAUCUACAUCGAUACUAUUGUGAGUUUGGACUGGAUGGACUGACUGAUGUGAAGAGUGUUACAGCAUCUUACUAUUGGGAAGCAUUCAAACUCAACACGAAAGUUGGAAUCACUCAGAAUCAGCUCGGAACCCUAUACAACGGCGACAACUAUAACUUGGAUUCGGUUUAUCACUAUCUGUAUUCUCUAUGCUGCCAAAUUCCUUUCGAAUGCAGUGAGAUGAAUGUAUGCAAAAUUUUUCAAAAAAACAUCCGAUAUUUGGAGUCUAAUUCUGGCGAUGAGGUUGAGGAGGAAGACUAUGCGAUUCGAGAAUUUGUGGCUAAGUUUUUACUUGUGGUUGACGUAUUUUUCUACGACAAAAGUGUUACGGAUUUUACGAGCUUGUGUCAUUCAGUUCUGAUAGAUUUCAAAAAUAUUUUAGGAGCUCGACAUCUCGUGGAUGAUGAGUUUUACAUGACGGAUGAUUUGAUAUUUAAAAUCGUUUCGAUUCUCUUCUUUUGCAUGUACAAAGUGAAGGUCAAUAAUUCAGAAAAGAUUUACAGUUUGAAUGCGUUCAUGGUCGCACUGUGUUCAGAGCUUCUGGAAUACUGUACAAUGGCAUUAGAGAAGUACGUCGUUGAAAAUGUUAGAGAGGACAAAAAGUUCCGCGAAAUGUACAUGGGGCUGUACCAGAAGUAUGACGAAGAAGUUCGCAGGUCUCGUAUGUUGGUAAAAGAAAAUACAACCGGGUUCAUUAAGGACCAAAAAUCAUCGUCUGGUGUCGAAGAGGGCAAUGGUAGCGAAGACCACUCUAACAAGGAAAAUGACGAAGCGGACAAGAAAAGCCAAACAAGUUCCAAGCAACCCACUGGAAAAAAGAAGCAUGCUCGCAGACGUCGUAGAGCUUUAUCUAACGAAUCGGAGUCGGAUCUUUCCGAUGCUGACGAUCAAAGCGAUUUUCAACUAGAUUCGGAUUCAGACGAGGAUGACGUUAGCUCGAUAUCAAGCUUUGAGUCAUAUGACGAUUUUUCCGAUCAAGAAGAUGAGAAUCUACGAGGAGGUACAUUUCAGGAAUUUAACGAUAGAGAUCCAGUCGAAUCGGAUGCAGUACUCACACAUACCAACGAGUUGUCUGAAAAGGAAAAGAACAAUAACAAUAAUUCAGAUGAUCAGGGUGUUCAGCUUAAGUUCAAGAAACGCUACCACAAGCUAAACCCAAAUAUAGUUAUAGAAUUUGCCGAGAACGAACGCACUAUGCGUUCGCUCAAACUAUUGUUUGAUUGGCUACAUACAAACAUGGACAUUUUAAUCGGUUGCUACCAAUCCAACCCCGAGUUUAUCCAUAACAUAAUGAAACUAUUGAACCAUUUCAAUAUCGACAUAUUUUCCAAUCGCUACUAUUUCCCGCGAAACCUGGUAGAUGUUCCCGGUAUUAGAGAAGACUUCCGUACGUUGUUCGAAAUCCGCAGAACCAUACCGCUGGAUGAAGAUAUCGCUAUGAAACAUUUCCCACUCUUUGAAACCGCUCAGGAUGAGCUCGACUGGGAAACAAACUAUCGUUUCGAAGUUUCAUCUGCGGAGCAGAGUUUCCUUCGUGCCAUGAAAAUGGUUGAUUUCGGUUUCUCACUUUGUAAGUCCAAAAAAUUUGACUACGCUUUCUGUCCGAAGGCACGUGACUUCAGUUUGAAAAACAAGAAACAACGGAAGCAACCGCAACAACGUAAACCGGAGGAUCACAAAAAAUCUACCGAAAAAGGAAUAACCCGUAGUCGUAAUCGGAUUCGCAAGCGUGAGCAGCAUGAAGAAAAACGUCGCCUGCGGAAGCAUCAGGAUGACCAAGAACAACGUGGUGAUUUGAGAACUCGUCGUAAUAGAGAUCGUAACCGCCAGCGAAGUGAACGUCGCAGAAUUUUCACAGCUGUCGAAGGACAAAAGUCCAGCCAGGAAGGGGAUGGCACCAAAGUUGCAUCAACCAUCAUAACGAAAAAGGGUUAUUUGAAAAAUCGGACCAAUGGAGAAGCCCAACAGCCGAAGCAAAGAAAAGACGACUCUGCACAUUCGGAUACAACGGCCGAUGAAACUCAUCAGGAAAAAAAUAUUAAUGAGUUGAUGGGGCAGCUCUGGUUAAGAAAUGAGGUGAAAGCUUUGGAGUCAAAGGUUAAACGGGUUGUAAAUAUAACUUUGACUCCUUAUCUGAUGCUUGACUCAAAAUGUUUAACGGAAUACACGUAUAUUGUCAAGAACUUGGUAAAAACGAAGAAAUUUGUUAUACUGAUUCCUACUGCGGUUCUCUCGGAUUUGGACGAAUUAAAGAAACACAGCGACGGUGCACGCAACGCUAUCAAAUGGCUUGAGUACGAAUUCAGCAAGGGCAAUCGAUUCCUUCGUUCACAGAAGAAUCACGAAAUUUUACCAAUGCCUCUAAUAAAAGUUCCAAGGAAACUUGACCGUGAUUCGACCGUCUUCUACCAGAUCGUUCAGUUCUGUAACCACAUCGUCUCAAACCACGCCGACAAAGAUAGCACCGACAUAGUAACUUACCUGUCCGGGGAGUCGCUACAAGAUAAGAAACUAUACAACUCCAGCUACAUCGGAAUCCUGGAGGCGAUUCCUGUCAAGUUUGAACAGAUCAUUACGUUCUACUCUAGCUACAAAAGAAAAUGAGCUUUCAAUUGGUAAUCGAUCUACUGCACGGCAUAACUGUCCAAGGAACUCCGUUUCUGAAUCAUGCUCUCGGCGGCCAUCGCGAGAAGCAAUCGCGGAUGGCGGAAGCAAGGGUACAAGUAGGAUUCAGUGGUUGCUUUUUUAUAAGAUAGAAGAUAUCAACAACAGCAGCAGCAGCAGCAAGUAGCUCAUCAGAGGGAGUAAUUCAUAAAACAAGACCGAACAGCAAAAUCCUUCCAUUCAAUGUGUCUACUACACCUGUCCCUAACAGCAGACGAAACUGAAAUUUUGUUGCAGAGGAAACUGUACGGGAGUUAAUCAAUAAGGCGAAACCCGCGGUGCAACAUUUUUCACAACUUCGUUUAUAAUUGAUGGGAAGGAAGGAGUGGCGUUUUGUUGGUUUCUCUCUAUUUUUUCUUCUGAUUAAACAUCCAAUCGAAGAUAUAAAAAUCUUAUAAACAACCAUAGAACCAGCAAAACACAAAUUCCAACGCCUUGUAUAAAUGAAAAGCCUAAUCCAAUUCAACAUUUGCAGACAGGAUAAUAAUUAACAUGUGACGGCAAUAUAAAAUCGAACAUCCAACAUAUUUUGCAAAGCAUCAAAAUUUGGUUUAGAGAAUAUCAGGUAGCUUUUUCAGUCACAUUUAGCCAAAGCCGCAUCUUAUAGAGUUUAUUGGAGACUUUUCUAAUUGUAUCAAGUGCCCUAAUACAAUCCAUAGUAACGCAUCGGUAUCAUAAAAACUACGCAUUACAUUAUUGUUUUCUACUGUUAUCUUUACAAUCAUAGAUGGCGUUGCAAGCUUGAAGCAAAAAUUAUGUUUUCGGUAAUACCUUCCCACUAUCUGAUAUAAACUCAUGGAAUUAAAA